AUGGCGUCCGUGACUCGGGAUGAGCGGGCUCGUCCAGCUGCAGCCCCGGCACCCGAGCAGGGACCACCGGAACCUCCGCCCAUCCACCCGUCCUUCAUUCAAGUCGCCAAGCCAUACAUCUUCGAACAUACGAUCCAGCAAUGCUUCGAGGCAAUGCGGGUGGAUCCCAUUCGGGAGGCAUCGAUGCGCCUGCAAGGAAUUGCUCUGAUCGACAGUGUUCGCCGAAUCCUUCAUUUGCCCCUCCGCACAUUCAAUACCGCAGCAGUCUACUACCACCGAUUCCGACUCGUCACCCCGGACACCGGACACAAUUUCAUGGUACGUGAGACCUACCCUAAUCCCAUGACAGGAGUUCGAAGCCAACAGGAAAUCCUAAUCCAGGAUGCUGCGGCCGCUGCUUUGUUCACCGCGUGCAAGAUCGAAGAUACCCUGAAGAAGUCGCGGGAGAUUGCAUGUGCCGUCUACAACCUAAAGAAGCCAUCCUCCGAGCAUCUGUCCCCCGAUGAUGAAUACUUCGAGACCAAUGCCGCGCGUAUGAUGGGACUCGAACGGCUGAUGCUCGAAGCCUCUGGUUUUGAUUUCCGUAACCGACAACCUACGAAGCGACUGCUGAAGCUCGGCAAGCAUUUUCAGGUCGGCGACGACGUGGCUCUGCUGGCCUACCGCAUUUCGAUCGACCUGUACCGUACCUAUGCGCCCCUCAAGCAGACAUCGUCGACUAUGGCUUUCGCGUGCCUCGAACUUGCUUGUCGACUGGCGGACCUGCGUAAUGAGCCCAUCGAAACCGGUCAGGAGUACGAGAGAUGGGGUACCAGCCGUGCUGAGGUUAUGGAGACCCUCUUUGAUCUCCUGGAGAUGUACACGCACCAGCGUGGCACCACCUCAGUUGGCCCGGACUUCCGUGCGGAUCGGUUCCUGACCGUCCGCAUCCCGCUGAACCAGGAGGCCGCUGCCCAGAAUCUCCCGCGAUACACCAGGGAAGAGGACAGUGAGAACCGCUCGACUGAAACUGGAGAAGGCGCACCUUCCCAGCGCCCCCCUCACCCGCUCACCCCUGUUGCGGCCAACAACGACCGUCUCGGAGACCGUGCCGACCGUGGCGCCCGCGAUGCUCCGGUUCGAUUCAUGAUCGACCCGGAGUGGGCUGCCGCGGAGAGACAGGCGGUCGAGCCUUACUUCCGGGAGGAGUGGGAGGAGUAUGAGGUGGAGGUGUGA